UCUGCAGUAGGUCGAUAUGAUGUAUAGAACAUGUUGGAGGAGGAAGCCAGCUCACUAUGAUUAUAGAAGCCUAAGUUCUACUACAGACCGCGCUAACAAGAUCCUUCGAACACUUGCGGCUAAAAAGCGGAGUAAUACAGGAACAUUGGUCAACUGAAAGAGGUAACAGCGUACCAGGCCAUAAAGAUUAGGUAUUCUUGGAAGUUUCAAUGAAGAACUAUCACUGACUACCAACUCUAACAAUGAAUGCCAGUCACCACAUGGUCACAAAAUUAUCAAUUGUGGCUCUGUGAUCGAAAAAAUAAUCUCAACACCCUUCGUUUUGCUUUCGGCAAAAUCAUCAACUUUAUGUAAAGAAUGGUUUCAAAGGAUGCGAUUAAUUUGUCUGUCAUUCAUGAGAUGCAGGUGUUCUGAGACAGUGGGGCGACUUUGAGGAAUUUGAUCAUUGACUCCAUUGUAUAGGUUGGCAAAAGCAUUAUGUAUCAUUGAUGCUCUCCAGAUGUUCAUUCGACGCCGAUUUCUCAAUAAAACUAUACCAGCGAUAUAAAUUAUGAACGAGUGUACAAUAACAGCAUCCCUUCACAUUCAUGCCAACUUUUUAAGACACCCUCUUGAAUGAUAUUUGUCCUGCUUUUUAAUAAAUGUCCUGCAUGGGGAUUUAAUCUGAAAUAGCCUGAGCAUGACAUAAAAACAAAGAUAUAUCAAUUUCUGUAUCAUUAAUUCCCGAGACAAUGGUCUUACAAGUAAGACUGAUGCUUACCAUGUCAUGUUGUGGAAAGACAUUGAUACCUAAAAGUGUGUUGAAUAGGGCACACGAGGAGUUGUAAAGGGAAAUCCUGAUACGUAUACAUCUUUCGGACAUUUGCCUUUAAACUACCAGCUGGGGAAACCAAUAACUGUACAUCAAUCACUUUGGAAGACAUUGAGGAGUGACUAUGUGAUUUGCGAAUCAGGAUGGUACAAUAUGUGGCACUGAGGAGCGAUGUAUAACACACCCAUCAGGCAACCUCACAUUCGAUCAUACACUGAAAUAUGAAACCAGAUACGAAGAAGUAAGGAAUAUUUAAGGAAAACAAUUUCAUUUUCUGUGCUUUGUAGGCAAUCCCUAGCAAUGAACAACUCCACAGACUACCCUGUUUAUGAAUACGACGAUGAUGUCACAGCUGUGUUAAACGCUGGCAUCUACAUCAACAACUACUACCUUUGGGCAAUAUUUGCUUUUGGGUUUCCUGGAAAUGUUGCAAGCGUGAUCACAAUUAUUCGGAUGCAGAGGAUCACAACAUCCACAUUUUAUGUAGCAGUGUUAGCUGUUGUCGACAACUGUGCCAUUGUCUUCAAGCUUCUGUACCACCAACUGACGCUUCAUCAAGUGUGGCUUGAUUCCAUGGGGUGUAAAAUUCUCAAUUUUCUGUCUUUAUUUUUUACGACAUUCGCAAACUGGAUUCUUGUGUUUAUUGCCACUGAGAGAUUUGUGGCUGUGAGGAAACCUCUAAAGGUGGGAAUGUACUGGACGAUCCCACGAGCUGUGGUCAGUGUAGGUGGCCUUACGUGUGUUGUGACGAUUAUUUAUUGCCACAUAUUUUGGACAUUUACUGGAAAUGGACCAGAUUGUAUGAUAUUUCUUCAAUAUCUACAUUUCUAUCGAGAUGUGUGGUAUUGGCUAAAUGCCGCUGUAUAUUCACUGGCGCCUUGCUUUCUACUUAUAACUCUGAAUUUUUUUAUUGUUCAAUCAGUCAGAAAAUCCACCAUCGUCCGGAACCAACUUUCCAUGAAGAACGGGACGAAAUCGAGUAACUCUAGUCGAUCCAUGAGACAAGAAAAACAAAUUACUGUGAUGCUUGUAUCAGUGGCCGUCGUGUUUAUUAUUUUAACGGUUCCAAGAUGUAUAUAUGCAAUUGUCCACUUAUAUUGGAGUGUUCAACUCGGGACAAUGGCUGAUGCACAGAAAUAUCUGCUUGACCAGUUAACUUUCUUUCUAUGUGACUCAAAUCACGCAAUCAACUUCUAUUUGUAUUUCACUACGGGAAAAAAAUUUCGUCGUCACUUCUUGGACAUUGUACUGUGUCGGAAACGGCGGAUGAGGGCCUUAAAUGUAUCCCAGUCUGGUACAACAAUGACCUUACACACCUAUAAGCUAACCAAUCUAGAAAAUCGACAUGUCAAGGAGUUGUAGUAUGAGCUUUGAAGUAUCAGCUCUUACGACAAGCAUAGUCGCCUUUUACGGCAAGCAUGGGUUGCUGAAGACCUAUUCUACCCCGGACAUACGGAAACAGAAACAGAUUAUCUACUGGCAUGGUUUUAGAACUGUUAAUAGUUAAUUAAGUACCAUUUCAUCAGAUGAGAAGACUCGGUACUUGCGACCUUCAGGAGAAAGAGACAGUGUUCUUGUACUCUACAACAGGUUAAGGUGGUAUCGUUGACAUUUGUCAAAAUCAGAUCAAUGUCUUAGCCAGAUAGGUGUACACUUUAAUCAAUGACGAAAAUGUUAUUGGAGAAUUGUAUAGAUAGUGUUAUAUCAUAUAAGAUGUGUGAAUGGAACCGCUAUACAAAGGGAAGUUGUGCGUCGAAUGAUUAUAUAUCAUUUUCCAAUUUGAAUGUACUUAUCUAACUGCACGUUGUUUGUGGAGGUGCAUAAUUUAUUUAUGCCUUCCAUUACUGACAUGAUUAAUCUGUCAUUACUGAUACAUGUAAAAUAACCUGUAUAAGAUUUCAGCCAUGUAUUUUGUACAUUAUUAAAAUGGUUGUAUAGUUUCAAUGCUAUUUUAGAGGCGUUUUAGUUUGCCUGAAGUUUGUUAUGAAUAUUACUACAAUCAAUCGUUGACAAAAUCAAUAUUGUACUUGCCAUUCAAGACAUCUCAGAAGUCUAACUUGUAAUUAUUUCAAAUACAUCAUACAUUUCAUGAUUCAUCAGUAUUGUCAGCAGGUCAUAGGAAAAAUCAAUGUUUAACUAUGUUCAUUUUCACAUUUACACGAGGUCAUUUCAGAAGACAUUUCAGUUGUGUAAUCCACUUUUGUUCUUUCACAAACUAAAACGCCUCCUGAUUUAGAUUAGCAGUGGCCCGAGAGCAGCUAUCGUAUAGCACGUAACAUUGGUGAAAUAACGUUUGAAGAACGUUCAUGGGGUGGUGGAUUUUCAUAUUGUAGAUGCAUAGCACUUAAAAUAUAGCAUGUAUAUUUUCCAGCCAGGGUACAGAUUUCAAUCAGGAAAACAUCUAUUUUUUUCUGAUAGUGUUCCAGACAUGUUUCAGCAUAUGAUCAGAAGAUGAACUUCAAGUUGACUUAGUUGACAGUACACAACAUUGAGUCAUUUAUGAUUCUAUUUCUAUUAUGAGCAAUCCUAGAUGUAAUAAGAACUGCUGUAUACAGUUGCCAUGUUGAUCAGAUGGUGUGUAUUACCCUUUGUCUAGUCAUUGCCUCUGAUACAGACUGGAGCAAUGUUCUGUAAUGAAACAACGGAUUGGGAAGUGAUAAGAGAAAUAGUAUCGUAAAUAGUGUAUUAACAGGUCAGUAGGUUAGUUGAGUAAGUAUUCAGAAUAUGUAGAUAUAUGUAUGGGAGACGGUUUCUUUAUUGCUCGUAGAGGUUUUGUUGAAGGCUAUCAAAUACCAUCGAGAAAAUAAACAAUUACUGUAUUGGUAGAAUGUUAAAUAUCUUAAAACGUUUCUUUCAAUCUUCAUGAAUACGUAGUGGACUUCUAUUGUUUUGUAAUUACAGAUAAACACAGAUUAUUUCAUUUGAUACUUUUUGAUACAUUGAUGAUUUUAACCCAUUCCUGUCAUAUUCGAAUGUUUCAGUCAUUCGUCACCAACUAUAAUUAUCAUCUGUUGUUAGUAGUCAUUAUUGAUGGUAAAAACGUGACAAUUUUGUACCCUAGCAGGAUCAGCACUCAUAAUGCAGUUUGCAUCGUGUGCUCAUUAACGUCACAUGCGAAUAAUUAUUUAGUGAAACCUUCAUUACGUCUAACACUUGUCCAUGGAUCCAAUAACGUUUCCUUCAUCUAAGCCUGCAGGUGUGCUUAUUUUAGUUUAGGUUUGAACUAUCAGUAACUUUCAACAGAACGAAGUCUUCAUGUAUUUAUCGUAGAGAAACAAAUUUAUAGACAUCAUUGACCAUAAUGAACCAGGUUAAAAAAACGUGGAAUUUUAUAAACUAUUGAUCAUGAGUUGUUCAAUUUUACAAAUUCGUUCUUACGUUAUAUUUCUCAGUGAAGUUCAUGGAUCAGCUGUCGUAUUGCAGUAGUAGUUACUUGUAUGUAUUGUAAAUAAAAUUGCGAGUGGUGCUCUACGGAAAAUUGUUAAUAUUUCAGCUGUCGCUGCUCUUUGUUGUAUAUAUUUGUUGCCGUGUGAAUAUUACACCCUGUGUCACAUCUCUCUGAUUUCCCAGUGGGGCCUUAGAAAUUAAAAUAACUAUUUCAUUG